CGGAGUCGCGGAGCGCUCCUGGCUCGGCUAACGUGCCGCGCCGCCGCCGAGCCGUCCGCCUGGCCGAGGCGAGUGAGUCACCGCUUGCAUCCCCAGCUGCCUGGCAGGGCAAAGGAGAGACAAAGUAAACGCCGACGAGCCCCUCAGCCGCUGCUCCUGCCUGGUUUUAUUUUAUUUUAUCUUCUGUAAUUAUUUCGGGGAAAAAAAAAAAAAAAACAGAAAAACACAUCGCCGUGUUUUUAGCAAUUCGUGCCGCGUGUGCAGUUGUUUCCAGCACACCCCUGAUAAACAAAGGAAAAGGGGGAGGGGGCCCGCGUUUCGCAGAAGACAUGCGUACCGUCAGGAAGAGGUGGACUGUGUGCACCAUAAGUCUCCUCCUCAUCUUCUAUAAGACGAAGGAAAUAACGCGGACCGAGGAGCGCCAGGAGAUGCCUCUGGCCGGAGAUGGUGAACUGAGUUUGAGUAGAUCAAUGAUCAAUAGCUCUGAUAAGAUAAUUCGAAAGGGUGGCUCCUCAAUCUUCCAACAUGCUGCAGAAGGUUGGAAAAUCAAUUCUUCUUUGGUGAUGGAAAUAAGGAAGAAUAUUCUUCAGUUCUUGGAUGCAGAAAGAGAUGUCUCGGUGGUCAAAAGCAACUUCAAGCCAGGAGAUGUAAUUCAUUAUGUACUGGACAGACGUCGCACUCUAAACAUUUCUCAGGAUUUGCACAGCCUUCUCCCUGAAGUUUCCCCGAUGAAAAAUCGCCGAUUUAAAACCUGUGCGGUUGUUGGGAAUUCUGGCAUCCUUCUGAAGAGUGGUUGUGGAAAAGAGAUUGAUAGCCAUGAUUUCGUAAUAAGGUGCAAUCUAGCUCCUGUGGUGGAGUUUGCUGCCGAUGUGGGAACUAAAUCUGAUUUUAUUACCAUGAACCCAUCAGUUGUACAAAGAGCAUUUGGAGGCUUUCGGAAUGAGAGUGACAGAGAAAAAUUUGUGCGUAGACUAUCCAUGCUGAAUGACAGUGUCCUUUGGAUCCCAGCUUUCAUGGUCAAAGGUGGAGAGAAGCAUGUGGAGUGGGUUAAUGCAUUAAUCCUUAAGAAUAAAUUAAAAGUGCGAACCGCCUAUCCAUCACUGAGACUUAUUCAUGCUGUCAGAGGCUAUUGGCUGACAAACAAGGUCCACAUCAAACGACCCAGCACUGGUCUCCUCAUGUAUACACUUGCUACCAGAUUUUGUGACGAAAUUCACCUGUAUGGAUUUUGGCCAUUCCCAAAGGAUUUACAUGGAAGACCAGUCAAGUAUCACUAUUAUGAUGAUCUGAAGUAUCGGUACUUUUCUAAUGCCAGUCCUCAUAGGAUGCCAUUAGAGUUUAAAACAUUGUAUGUGUUACACAAUAGAGGAGCACUUAAAUUAACAACAGGGAAAUGCAUACAGCAAUAAAGCGCAUGUUAAGUACAACAAAUACAGAAUACACACCUCAUCAUAAAGAUGUUGUGGAAUGGCAGUGGGACCACAGUGGGGAUUUUUUUCAGUACCCACUAAGCCAUUGGAAAAAUGUCUCAUAUCAGAAGUACAUAACCAGCUAUUAUACCUGUAAAGUGCUAUACAACUAAGCUAUCUUGACUGCAAGGGUUCAAGUAAGUGCCACUUUUCACUAAGAACAAAGCUUGAAUGUAUGCUCGGUAGUGUUUACAGGAUGGAAUGACACAUUCAUCACUAAUUGAAGAAGAAAAAGAGCCUGCCAAUUUGCAACUGUCAUCAGACAGCCCACACAAGAAUACCCAGUGGAUGGAAUAUUUACUUGAGUAAAUAAAUCAGACUUUGGCAGAAAAUAUCAUGAUGGAUUUGAGUAGAGAAAGUGAAGUCUGUAAGAUCAAACCGAUCAGUAACCUCAGCUUUUGUUGCUGUUUUUCUUAUUGCCAUUGAUUGUGUUUUGUUGCUUUUAAGUUUUGGAGCCCUUUCAAGAUUUCAAGGGUGUUAUGAGUAAUUUUUCAUCUUACACAAUUGUCUUAAGGAAGAAGAUUUGUAAGCAUGGGAGGGUGGAGGGCAAUAUCAAAUAUUUUAUCAAGUGUUAUUGUGUUGUAUCCUGUUGUUGCACAAUCCUCAACAUCCCAAUUGUUUUUCUAGAUACUGUUGUCAGUACCCAUUACAUGAAACAACAUUUUGGUCUGACUUAAAGAGAAGUUUUUCACUCCUGUACAGAUUCGAAGAUACUACAUAGGGUGCCCUUGUUUUCACUGCCAAAGAUUAAUUUUCUACACAUUUUUUCCUUUUCUUGGAGAAAUAGUGUGGAUUUAUGUUUCUUUGCUGCUUAAGGGAAAAUAUUCUUUUUUAUUUAUAUUUUUAAGCAUCUAAAAUCAAAGCCUCUUUACUACCUUUGCAUAUAGAAUUCUUCAGAAAAAUCUGCAGGAGUCAAGAAAUUACUUUGUGCAUUCAAAUAUAUAUGUGCAUGUGUAUAUAUAUAUAUGUACGGUUUUAUUUGUGGUGGAAAGGAAAAGUCUAAAAAAACUCAGGUGACAGUGGAACUAAAGGAAAAAAAAUACCUUGCCAAUUAAUGGGAAAAAAAUGCAGAUUAUACAGUUCUUUUGAACUUCUAAUGCUAUUAAAUGAUCUGUUUAUUUAAUAUA